UUAUUACAGAAAAUAUUAAAUUAUUAUAUCUAAUUUCAUUGUGUAAUUCUUAAGUAGUUCGAAAUAAUUGAUAAGUAUUCGUAUUUUACUGGUUUUAAUUCUUGAUACAAUAAAACUAAGCUAAAAAUUUAUGUCGCAUUAAUUUUUGUUCAUAAUUCGGUCAAAAUGGAUACAUAUAACGGGACUAAACAAAUUAUACGUUUUUUACUUGAUGACUGGAAACUGUUGACGACAUUAACCGUCACGUUUUUCGCGUACUUUUAUUUCACCAGCACAUUUACUUACUUUAAAGAAAGGGGCGUUAAAUAUUUAAAACCGGUAAUAUUUUUUGGUAAUCUUUGGCCUAGGCUUAUAGCUAAGGAAUCUUUUAAUGAGUUUCAAUUGAAAAUAUACGACCAUUUCAAAGGGGAGCGAUAUGGAGGUAUUUUUGAAGGUCGUCGGCCAGUUAUGUACAUUUUGGACCCUGAUCUAAUCAAGGCUAUAACAAUAAGAGAUUUUGAUCAUUUUGUCAAUAGAAAUACACUCAGGUCAAGAGCCCCAAGAUAUCUCGAAAGAAACAUUCUAAAUUUGAAGGAUUCAGAAUGGAAGUCAGUGCGCAGUGUUAUAACACCAACAUUCAGUUCUUUUCGCUUAAAGAACAUGUUCCCCUUAAUGAAAGACAGUGCUCAGAAGCUCCUGGCCUAUUUGGAGGACAAAAAUGGGUCAGUUAUCGAUGUGAAGCAAGUUAUGGGUUACUACACUUUAGACACGAUUGGAACCUGUGCUUUUGGGAUUGAUACAUGCUUUCAUAAAAAUUUUGAUUCAGAAUUUAUUAAGGCAGCUGAAGACUUCAAUAAGAUGUCAGUAAUGAAAAGAAUGUCAUUGCUGCUCAUAUUCAUGCUGAUUCCGGGGCUGGCCAAAUAUUUCAACAUAUCAUUCUUCAAUUCCGACUCUAUGAAAGUUUUGAUGCCGAUUCUGCAAAGGGCCAAAGCAGAGAGACGAUCCUCCGAAUCCAAACGAAGCGAUUUUUUGCAGUUGCUAAUUGAUGCAGCGGCAAAGGAACAAGAGGAAGUCAAUGGGCACACAGAAUUGGACGACGAUACAAUCGACGCCCAAGCGCUGAUAUUCCUUGUGGCGGGCUACGAGACGUCGAGUACGCUGCUGUCGUUCGCCAUACACACCUUGGCCGUGCAGCCGGAGAUCCAGCAGCGGCUGCGGGAGCACGUGCGCGACGUCACCGGGGGGGAGGACGUCACGUACGACCACCUCGCCGAACUCGACUAUCUCGAGGGCGUCUUACUGGAGACGUGUCGGAUCUACCCGCCGUUCGCGCGGUUCGAUCGUGUGUGUGUGAAGCCCUACACGAUCCCCGACAGUUCCGUACAGAUCGGCGUCAACGACGUAGUCGCUAUACCCGUGCCAGGGUUCCACAUGGACCCCAAGUUGUUCCCAGAACCGGAGAAAUUCAUGCCCGAGAGAUUCAUGCGCGAGGAGAAAAACAACCGCCCGGGACACCACUUCUUGGGUUUCGGCGCGGGACCUAGAAACUGUAUAGGGAUGCGUUUCUCGAUGGUGUCAAUGAAACUCGCAAUGUGCGUUUUGUUAAGAAACUACAAGUUCUCCCCCUGUUCCAAAACGGAAGUACCUUUAAAGUACGCCAAAAGAUCUUUUGUACUAAAGACUGAAACUGGUAUAUGGGUUCAAUUGGACAAGAUAUAAAAUACGGUACAAAAUAUAGUAAAAUUAUGUCACCUGCCGACAUAUUCAGCUAAAGGUAUUUAUUCUUGCCUCAA